UGCGAGGACCCUGAGGAAGAAAGGGUUGGAGCUGGGGAAAAGGGGUUAAAUCUGGUCAUUAUGGCGAAGGGUGCUGUGUCUUUUGGGACCCUCCAAGCUCAUCUGAACAGCGGUAGGGUCUGCUGUAAUCAGAAGUCAACGGGGCGCUUGCGCGGGGAGCAUGACAGGGGGAAGGACCUCGUGUGAAACGAUUCCCCGGCGGAUCCCAUCCUCGUCGUUGAAAAAUGCAGAGGUCUUAAUUUCGAAAACGUGGCGCGCUGGCACCGGCCUCGCUGGCGACGUGCGGCGGACACGUGGCAAAACGUGGUCGGCUGACGUGUGGUGGCGGACACGUGUCGCAAGGGAAGGGAGCUUGCGACGCCUAUGUGUUUGCGCGGGAAGGAGAUCGACGGCGUUCUCGGCGCGCAGUGUCGAUCGAUCCACUUUGCAAUCGGAUCUACCGCCGUGGAGGCGUCAUGGCAGAUCCCGAUUGAUUGCGACAGACAGCUGGAGGAGAAGAUCGAGAUCGACUAGAAAUAAUGAGGACGGGUAUGCUCAGCAAGACGAAGACUUACAGAACGAAGACGUGCAAAGUGAAGAUUCCGGCAGAACGAUGGUUGCUGCGGGUGAUUGGGACACGAUGGAAGAAUGGGACAGUCGGUACUUGAGGGAGAUGGAUGUGGAAGGUGGGACAGCCGUAAGGGCUGGGGAACUAGUGACGGGUGCUCCUGGCACGAAGGAUGGUGGGAAUGACCGGCGAGGACGAAUGAGUUCGCGGGGUGAGCGGCGGAGACGGUAUCGGCAGGUUUUUGGUGUCGACGUCUCGGCCGACAAUGUGGCUAUAUCUUUGGUUUAUUUUGUUCAAGGUGUCAUAGGCCUUUCGAAACUGGCGGUCACAUUUUUCUUGAAGGAUGACUUAGGACUCGAUCCUGCCGAGGCUGCAAUCCUAUCAGGAGUAACCACUUUCCCAUGGUUAAUCAAGCCACUUUACGGUUUUAUAAGCGACGCUGUGCCUCUUUUUGGGUACCGGAGACGAUCCUACCUGUUCGGAUGUGGGCUUCUUGGAGCCAUGGCUUGGAGUAGCCUUGCCCUGUUUGUCUAUGAUAAGUAUUCUGCAGUACUGGCGAUAUUGCUCAGCUCCUUAUCUGUUGCAUUUUCUGAUGUG